GCGCUGCGCAAACUCGGAGCGCACCCGGCCGGAAGCUGCCGCUGGGAAGCCGGAGGUGGGGCGGGACGCAGGUGAGGUGGCGCGGGACCUAUCUGCGGUCUAGGCCCUGGGUGCUCCGUGCAGCUGACAUGGGUGAACCCCAGGGGUCCAUGCGGAUUCUAGUGACAGGGGGCUCUGGGCUGGUGGGCAAAGCCAUCCAGAAGGUGGUAGCAGAUGGAGCUGGCCUUCCUGGAGAGGACUGGGUGUUUGUCUCCUCCAAGGACGCCGAUCUCACGGAUGCAGCACAGACCCGCACCCUGUUUGAGAAGGUCCGACCCACGCACGUCAUCCAUCUUGCUGCAAUGGUGGGGGGCCUGUUCCGGAAUAUCAAAUACAAUUUGGACUUCUGGAGGAAGAAUGUGCACAUCAAUGACAACGUCCUGCACUCGGCCUUCGAGGUGGGCGCCCGCAAGGUGGUGUCCUGCCUGUCCACUUGUGUCUUCCCUGACAAGACUACCUACCCCAUAGAUGAGACCAUGAUCCACAAUGGGCCGCCCCACAGCAGCAAUUUUGGGUACUCGUAUGCCAAGAGGAUGAUCGACGUGCAGAACAGGGCCUACUUCCAGCAGCACGGCUGCACGUUCACCGCUGUCAUCCCCACCAACGUCUUCGGGCCCCAUGACAACUUCAACAUCGAGGAUGGCCAUGUGCUGCCUGGCCUCAUCCACAAGGUGCACCUGGCCAAGAGCAGCGGCUCGGCCCUGACGGUGUGGGGUACAGGGAAGCCGCGGAGGCAGUUCAUAUACUCACUGGACCUGGCCCAGCUCGUUAUCUGGGUCCUGCGGGAGUACAAUGAGGUGGAGCCCAUCAUCCUCUCAGUGGGCGAGGAAGACGAGGUCUCCAUCGAGGAGGCAGCUGAGGCGGUGGUGGAGGCUAUGGACUUCCAUGGGGAGGUCACCUUUGAUACAACCAAGUCGGAUGGGCAGUUUAAGAAGACAGCCAGUAACAGCAAGCUGAGGGCCUACCUGCCUGACUUCCGGUUCACCCCCUUCAAGCAGGCGGUGAAGGAGACGUGUGCAUGGUUCACUGACAACUACGAGCAGGCCCGGAAGUGAAGCUGGAAGGCAGGAGCAGGUGCCUGCAAACCGUCAGCUGGCUGAGCCCCUUGGCCACCACCUACCAACCAUGCCAGGAGCUGAGGGCAUCACCCAGUGACCUGGGCCCAUGUUCCAUCCGCUCUGCAGCCCCAGGCAUCUGUCCAGUGGGGCCUCCAUUCAUGACGGUCCUCAGGGAAACCAGGGCCCGGGCAGGCCCGGCCCUUUGCUCCCCACACAGGCCCCCAGGCCCUUCGCGUGCCCACUCUGAUCCUGCAUCCCACUCCCUAGGAGCCAAUAAAGUGCAUUUUCACAGGC